GGCUAACGAUGAACUGGUACAGAUGAACGAGGCGUUAGAACCUGCAGCCACCGCAUCAGGUGUUAACGCUGGAAAUAGUGCCGAGCUGUACAAUUUCUUCGUGAGUCGUUGUCGCACUAACCUUCACAUUGUGUUGGCUUUGUCACCUAUUGGUGAGGCCUUCCGUCGUCGCCUGCGUAUGUUCCCGUCGCUGGUUAAUUGCUGUACGAUCGACUGGUUCGCAGAGUGGCCGGACGAAGCUCUGCGCUCUGUCGCGGAUUAUUUCCUCGUGGAUAUCGAAUUACCCGCUCAAGUUAAGGUUGGAAUCGUGGAUGUGUGCGUUGGAAUGCAGGAGAGCGUGAGUGCACUUACCCGGGACUUCUUACAGUCUUUACGCCGAUACUACUACGUAACUCCGACGUCGUAUCUUGAGUUACUUAACACGUUCAAAAAGCUGUUAAAUAACAAACGAGUCGAGGUUAUGACGAUGAAACAGCGAUACGAUAACGGCUUGACGAAACUCAUGGAGACUGCAGAACAAGUGGAAAAAAUGCAGGUAGAACUGGAGGCUUUGCAGCCGUUAUUAAAGGUGGCUACUAUCGAGACAGAUGCGUUGUUAGAAACCAUUUCAC